AUGGUGCUCCGGGAUGCCGCCUUGGCCAGCAGCCCUGGCGGCCUUGGUGGCCCCGGCCCGUCGUCCACGUCGUCCACGUCUGUUUUGGAGGGCUUGAAGGCCUUCAAGGAGAAUUUGGCUGCGAUGCAAGAGCAACCAAUGCUGGACUUGAGGCAAGUGCUGCGCAGCUUGGACGCUGAGCUUCAGCGUAUCCAGCAGCUUGAAGCCGACGCAGCACCUGCUACCGCGCCCGGCGUGCCCACUGCAACGCCCGUGGACGUGGACGAGGAGAUCUGCCCCGGCAAAGAAGCCUGGCGUAUUAAGUUUAGGGCGGAACAUGAGGAUAUCCAAGGUUGGAAGCUGAUGGAAGCUCCUGGCCCAAAAUUCGAACAAAUGGACACCACAGCGCCGGUUGUGGUCCGCCGCAGCGAACAAGGACCAGAUGAAGAGAGCGUUGCUUUCGCCAGCCUUCCGACGGUGGCGGAAAAACGCAGGAAGCACAUGUCCUGGAUCCAUAAGAAGGUGGAUCAAAAGUUCCCGGGCGGCCGCGAAAGUGUGCGAGGCGAUGGCAAGCUGCAACCGGUGUUCUCGCGAUUGCAUGCGCAGUAUGCCACAGACACGGUGAGGAUGGCUGCGAUUAAUGAGUUUGACCAGGUUGCUUUCGAAGAAGCGGAACAAGAAUCCUGUUGGGUACGUCUAGCCAGGAAUCCCUUCUUCGAGCGGAUUUCACUUACGAUGAUCUAUUUCAAUGCAGUUUGGCUUGCGGUGGACAUCGAGUUCAACGACUCUGACUUGGUGAUGUUCUCUUCGCCCGUCUUCAUUGUGGCCGAGGUGGUCUUUUCGGUCUAUUUUACCGCCGAGGUGAUCGUCAGGUACAUGUUAUAUACGUCCACAAUGAAAGCCUUCAAAGAUCUCUGGUUUCUUUUCGAUUUUUUCCUGGUCAUCAUGAUGGUCUCGGAAACCUGGAUCGUUCCCGUUUUUGUCCUCAUCAUGGACAGCAAUAGCGAAGGCAGCAACCUGAGCCGUACGGUGUCGGUGCUGCGUGUGGCGCGCGCGCUGCGGGUGCUGCGCACGGCACGGAUCGUGCGGGUGGCGCGGUAUAUGCCGGAGCUGAUGUGA